UAGUGGUAAGAAUUCUACGUUGUGGCCGUAGAGACCUGGGCUCGAAUCCCAGCAGCCACAUUAUGUAAUCCAAUUUUCUCCUUUUUUUUUUCUCAACGCUGUUUUGACUUUUGAGUGUUUUCCAGCCCUGCUGUUUAGCGUCGCCCUAACUUUUUCAAUCGCCAUUCACACUACACAGACAGAACCACAAUCUUCUCGAACGAGUUACUAUUGAAUGAAUGCUGAAGUAAUCGUAAUUCCCUAUUCCGACUCUCCAACUUCACGGAAAUGGUAAGAUAAGCUUUUAGCUUCUUCGUUUAUAGCCUCCGAUUUGCUGGUGUUCAAUUUCCCCCUUCAUUUUCUGGUGAUCUCCCUUCCCAUUUAUCUUCUGCUUGGCGCUGUGUCCGAAAGGAAAUCUUUGAUCCGAGCAUCUGGGUUUCCUGUGAUGUACAUCAGGCUACACCUUUCUUGGCUGGAGUUGCAGUUGCAGCUGCUGCUCUUGCUGGAAGAUACGGGAUUCAGGCAUGGCAAGCAUUCAAGGCUCGGCCACCAAGAAUAAAAACGCGCAGAUUCUAUGAUGGUGGUUUUCAGCCUAAAAUGACUAGAAGAGAAGCAGCUCUUAUUCUUGGCCUGAGGGAAAGUGCGACACCGGACAAGGUCAAGGAAGCACAUAGAAAAGUAAUGGUGGCAAACCAUCCCGAUGCAGGUGGUAGCGAUUACCUCGCUUCCAAGGUCAAUGAAGCCAAAGAUGUGAUGCUCGGGAAGACAAAGGGGAGUAAUUCUGCUUUCUAGUGUCCCGUCUCUGAAGUUGAAGUUGCUGAAAGAAGGGAAGUAUUUGGUUGAGAUGCUGGAAAUGUGGCCAUAACCAUCAACUACUUGGCACGGUAUACUGAUGUACAUGAUAUGGUCUUGGUUUCUAAACUCGUUGUGUUCUUUUGAAUCACAGAUGAGGGUUUCCUUCUAAAAACAAAAAUUAGAUGAAGGUUACACAUCACAUUAGCUUGGAACAGAGGAUGUUUACUGCGAGAGCAAUAAUCAACAAGAGUAGUUUGCUUGAGAUUAUGAGAUAUUAACAGUGAAAACUGAAAACUAUGUUUUUGAAGUAUGGACAUGAAUCAUUGAGUUAUAUCAUAUCACUUCAGCAGUC